ACAUCAACGAAUUGGAAAAAACAGUCGAUGAAAUCAAAUGUUUAUAUCGGGAAGCUGUUGAUCAUAAACUGGACUCGUAUAUCAUGGAAAAUAUCAUUCGGCCGGCUUUCCUUUCUAAAUGGUAUUCUCAAUUGGCUGCACAAUCUGGAACGACAUGCGAAAAACUCGUGGAGUUUUUCUCUCAGGCAGCUAAAGAAUGUAUCCGAAAUCGAGAAAUAUUAGAGGUGAAUCGGGUUAAUGUGUCAACUUAUAAUAAUUGUGCAUUUUGUGGACAAAAUCAUAAAUCAAUCUCGUGUAAUGCCAAUAUGACUAACAUCGAUCGGAAAGAUAUAGUUUUUAAAAAGAAACUAUGUUUCGUUUGUCUUCAAGGAAACCAUCGGGCUGGUCAAUGUAAAUCUAAAUACGUUUGUAAAAAAUGUGGUAAACGUCAUUCGUUUUUGAUUUGUACUGAAAAUAUUGUGGCCACCGGAAGUAUCACGGCACCUGGAAAUGUCGCUGUACAAACAGUUCCAAAAAACUUGUAUGGCGACCCAACGGCUUAAUUUAUUUCAAUUGUCUUGUUAAUAAUCGACCAAUUAAGGCAUUUUUAGAUACAGGAGCUCAAAUCACCUGUAUUUCGAAGUCCUUAUUUGAUCAAUUGAAAAUACAAAUAAUAAAUAAUUCGAUAAUAAAUAUUCGACAACUUGA